AUGCAUUUCGUCAGUCUCACCAGUCUUUUCGCUGCCGGCAGCAUGGCUGCCACUGCCUCAGUCAGUGUCACCCCUCACGAUAUGUAUUCGUCCUCGGUUGGCGUGCUGGGCUGCUACAUCAACACCAACCGAGUCGCCUACUGGCCCGGCUCCGUCGACUGUAACAAUAUCUGCAUCAAGCUCUCCUACGGCGGCCGCUCCGUCAACCUCCUGCGCAUCGACCAGUCCGGUGGCGCGUACGACGUCAGCUACGACGCCUGGAACUACCUGUACACGGGCUUCUCGGCCAAGGACCAGCCCGCCGCCGGCGGUGCCAUCGCCAUGGACUACGUCGAGCAGCCGGCCAGCGCGUGUGCCGACCUGAUCCACACGACCGGAGCCAAGCUCCCCCUGAGCGCCCCCAACAGCAUGAACUACCUCUCCAGCUGCCUGGGCCAGGCUGACAGCUGGGUCGCCAACAACUACGUGCUCUACAACAUCCUCAACCCGGUCUGCACUUGGGGCCACGACGAGACAUGCACCCUCGACUGGCCCGCGCAGAAUCAGGCCACGUGCCCUCACCAGCUGGGCGACCCGGCUGUCCUGAACUCGGCUCCGGUCUACAACAUCCUCUACCCGACCGGCGAGGUUGUCAAGGCUAACUGA